AUGAGUGAAAUCCCAAGCAUUACAGGCGCCAUGGAGACCAUCAGAAACACAAUCUCGGAGAACCUGGGCGGUCCUGCUCACGCUCUUGCUUCCCCAGAGAACAGCUUUAGCCUGGAUGAGGUCCCAGACCUUAGCGGCAAGGUCGCUGUUGUCACUGGUGGCAGUGAAGGCAUUGGAUUUGGUUGCACCCAUACGCUUCUUUCGAAAAACAUCUCCAAGCUUUUCGUCACAUCCAUGAGACAGGAGGUCGCCGACGAAGCUUUGAAUGCCAUCGAGGAAGAGUUCGGACCCGAAGCACGCAAGAAGUUCAUCUGGAAGCAAUGCGAUCUUUCCGACUGGGUACAAACUGGCAAGGUUGCAUCAGAGAUUGCCUCGCAGACCGACAGAAUCGACAUUCUCAUCAACAACGCUGGCCGAGGAAUCAUGACCAGACAACUGAACAAGGACGGUAUCGAUCUUCACAUGGCUGUCAACCAUUUCGGUCACGUCGUUCUGACCAGUCACUUGCUCCCAACCAUCAAGGAGACUGCUGACAAGGGCAACACUGUUCGCAUCGUCUGUGUCUCUUCCAAUUUGCACGCCCAGGCCCCCAAGGAGACCGAGUUUGCAUCCGUCGCAGAGCUGAACAAGGACUACGGACCGCAGCCGCAGUAUGGUCGUAGCAAGCUGGCCAACCUCUUGUACGCCAAGUGGCUCAACCAGCACCUCAAGACCGAGCACCCCAACAUCAUCGUCAACGCCAUUCACCCUGGCAUCGUCGACACUGCACAAACAAAUGUUCACAUCCACGAGGCAUUUCCCCUUCUAGGUUACGGCAUGUCGGUUGGUCUCAAGCCCUUCCGCAAGUCUCAGUUCGAAGGCUGUGUCUCUUCGAUGUAUGCUGCGACCAUGGCCGAUACUGGUGGCAACUACAUUGCUCCCCAGAAGGUCUACGAGACCCNNCCCUCGGAGAUGGGCCAAGACAUGACACUGGCAGACCGUCUUAUGAGACUCACGGCGGAGAUUGUCGAGUCCAAGACGAGAACGGAGAGUUCGGCAAAGGGAUGUCCCUUCAAGGAGGAUUAA